UAAUUCAUAUCCAGCUCUUUAUCAUCGAUUUGUGCUAGUCACUUAUCAGCACAUCCUGAAGAAGUUGAUUCCAUAUUCUUAUGGUUUGAACCAUCAGAUCAUUAUGAUGGCUUGGAAUAUAUUGCCGAUAUUACAGUUGACUAUCCAAAAUUGCAGAAGGUACUAAAUUCGUUCAAUCUUGAUGAAUUAAAAAAGGAAGAUUUUAUCCCAUAUGAUGGAAAUUACAUAUCUUUUAAUGAAACUGAAAAAUCAUUUCAAAUUGGUUUCUCACCGUUUGAUCGUAAUGGGACGACCAGUUUUGAAACACGGUUGACAAGUAAAUUCAUCAAUCUAAAUCAAAUAAUAGCGAUCGAUACAUUCCAAAUCGAUUUUGCUUUCCGUAAAUUCAUUGGUAAUUGGACUGACUAUGGUGACGUUUUCAUUGAAUUCCGACCAUCUUCCGAAGAUCAGAAAUCUUAUUCACUCAAGGAAUUGAAAUCAAGUCAAGUGAAUACAUUGAUUUAUAAAAGAAUGAAUCAAACGAUUGAUAAAUUUCAGAUACAAUUUGUUUUCAAAUUAGACAAUCUGAAAAAGACUGAUUCGAAUUUAGAUUUUUCUAUCAAUGGAAUAGCGUUGAAUGAUCCAUGUGUUAACAAAAAUAUUGAUCAAAGUUUUGCCAUAAACAACAACAUUACGGAGAAUGUGUACGACAUUUUUCUCCUAAACCAUUUCAUCGUUGCAAAUGUGUCAAGUAUGCUUCUGGCAAUGAUUGUGAACUGAUAGAUUAUUGUAUAAAGGAUGAUGGCAGCAAUUAUUGUAUCAAAAAUAAUUUAGGACUUUGUGAAAAUUCCGCCGAUCAAUUUAAAUGUUCUUGCCCGAAUGGACAACGAUGGGUUAGAUUUAUGAAAUGGUGUUUGACACCAGUCGAUAAAGAAUGUCCCAUUAAUGAACAUUUUGCUUAUAAUAAUAAAAACGAACCAAUCUGUAUAUGUAAUGAAAAUUUUAUUCGUAUCAAUGGUUCAUGUGUUGAAUACAAUAUCUGUGAUCCAUUACAUCGGAAAGAAAAAGGUGAACAACCAGAAAUACCAUGUGAAAAUGGAUUGGCCGAAUGUCAACCACUUCCGAAUGACAAAUAUCGUUGUGUUUGUCCAUCAAAUCUUUACAAUGUAAAAGGCAAUUUCGGAAAAUAUGCACAAUGUCGUGAUCGAUUUUGUGAUCUAUAUAUGGAAUGUGAUCAAAAAUGUGUAUUCAAUUCGACUAGUGGCCAGCACAAUUGUGUUUGUUUCAACAGUCAAUAUAAACUUGAUUCGGAUAAUAAAUGCCAAAUCCUUGAAAAUUUCCGUGAAAAACUUGCCAAAUGUUUACCCGAAGAUCCACAAUCACUGAACACAUUAGAAAUGCCAUACCUUGACCUUGUUGGUAAUUGUAUGUGUAGAUUCGGUUACAACUACAACGCAACAAGUAAAAAAUGCGAAGAUAAUGACAAUGACAAAAUUCAUAAAAUACUUGGUUGUGAAAGUUUUCGAAUAAACGAUGAUGGUAAAUUUGAAUGCCAAUGUCCAAAAGGUAAAGAAUUCGACAAUCACUAUGGUGAAUGUCGAUGGAAACCAUGUCCAUCUGAUAUGAUGAUUAAAUAUGCUCAUGAUAAAAAUGAUCCUGGCAAUUUUGAAUGUAUUUCUCCUUGUGAUUCAAAAUUGGUUCGAAGUUGUUUAGCAGUUGGCGGACAAUUCUUCGAAUGUCAUCCUAAUUUGGCAAUUGAAUCUUUGAUAAGAAAUAAUUGGAAUUGGAAUAUAGAUGAACCAUUUGUACAAGGAGUUCAUCAUACAAUUGCUAAUGUAUUCAACUAUUGUCGAUGCAUUUUUGGCUUAACAUUAGAUUCAUCGGAAAGACGUUGUAUACCGAAACAUGAUCUUAAUUAUUUCACAAUCGAUAUGACUUUCACAAAAAUCAAUAACAAAGAUAUUACCGAAUUGUUUUUCCGUGAAAUUUUGAGCAUUCUAUAUGAUUAUGAAAGAUUGACAAUAGAAAGUGUAACCUGUACGGAAAACGAUGAUGAAUCAUUUGAAUGUAAAGCCGUAUUAUCAACCUCGGAUUUUUCAAUCACACCGGAUGCGAUUAAAAAAUUAUUAGAAAUUAAUUGUAUUAACAAGGCACAAUUAUUUGCUAAAUCAUCAAACGAUUCAUGUGUUUAUUUAUAUAAAUCAACAAAAAAAGGACAGAAUCAAAUCACAAUUGAACGAAAAACUGAUUCGAUAAUACAUUCAGAUCCAUAUGAUUUUUGUCAAUCGAAUCCAUGUUCAUUUUUUCCUAAUUCAUAUUGUGAAUCCAAUCCAAAAGAUAGAUCUGAUUUUAAAUGUAAAUGUGGUGAUGGCUAUAAAAUUGAUGAAAAUUUUCCAACACCAGUGAUGGAUCAAUAUCAUGCAUGUAAAUUGAAAUCAUGCAAAGAUUUGGGCUAUCAUUGUGAAGAUUCGAAAGCCACCUGUUUAAUGUUGAAUGGACAUAGUAUACAGAAUAUUGAACAAAAAUUACAAGCAAAACUUGUAUUCGAUUCACCGAUUAUUGUCAAUGAUGAUGAUGGUCUGAAAUCGCCAAAGCCAUUCUGUCUUUGUAACAAUGGAUAUUUACUUAAUAAAUUGAAUUCAUCAUGCGAUGAUCAUUGUAAAAUGAAUUGUAAUAAUGGUGAAUGUUAUUAUACAAUGUCACAAAAACGUGAAACAUGUAUUUGUAAUGAAGGAUGGAUGGGUGAAAAAUGUGAUGUAAAAAAAUCGGACAAUGAUAACGAUAAUAACAAUAAUGAUAAUGAUGAUGAUGAUGGCAAAAAUGGUUACAAAAUAUCAACAAUUAUAUUGGCCAUACUGACAGCAUUAUUGAUUGUUGGUGUUAUAUUUUUAUUCAUACGUUCACGACAAUCAUAAUACAUUGAUUGAUACACUAUAUAGUUUGAUACGGCCAUCAACAUCAUCGAUAUCAUCAUCAUCAUCCACAUCAUCGAGGUUGCAAACGAAUCAUGGACAAACGGAAAGCCGAAAUACCAUCAUUAAUCAACAUUAUCAUUCCCGUACUGAUAGAUCAAGUGUUCAAAUUUUGCAUAUUUCUAAAUCAAAUAAAUUCGAUGAUUGAUUUUGA